AUCCGGCACACCACAGUCUACACCAGACCCCCACAACAGCACCGACCGCCAAACCACGCGUACAUCGACAGAGAGACAGAUGGUUACCUCAACCAACACCCACCUGGCGCUCCUUGCGCUCCUUCUCGGCACGCAGCAAGGAGAGUGCCACCGCUACCGCACCCACGGCGGGCACCACCACCACCAUGGCCGACGCCUCUUUCAGCUGCCCACGGUAGUGAACAACGAGAUAGUGGACACUGGGGCGUUCAGGCCGUUCCGACACGUGCAGCCGCGUGGUAGGCCUCACGUGAGCUCUGCUGGACCCCUCAUGGACGUGUUCCAAGACGUCAUGGGCGAGAUCAAGAAAGUCGCUUGCGAGCUCUCGGACCCUACGACCGAGGCGCGGAGCCCGCCCUACGAAGUCCUGGAGACCCCCGACGCCGCCACGCUCAUCGUAGACCUUCCGGGGUGCAAGAAGGAAGACGUCGACGCACAGGUCUCCGAAGACUCCGGCACGAAGACGCUCACGAUCACGGCGGUGAGAAAGAAGCCACGUCAGGCCGACGGUGACGCCAGGUCACCGUCGUCGCCGCCUGACACGUCAGGGUCUACCGAUGGCAGCAGCGCGGCAUCCACCACGGGUGCGGCGGAUGCUGCCGCGCCUCAUGAGGCAGCCAAGGACACGCCUGAACCUUCUCUGUCUUCCUUUUCGGAGGAGAGCUUCAAGCUGUCGUUCCGGGUCGGAGAAGAUAUCGACGUGUCCGUCAUCCGUGGUGGCCUGGAGGACGGCGUUCUCACGCUCGUGCUGCCUAAGCUAGCCCCGGAACCACCUGCGGAGCCAAUCGACAUCCCGAUCGACUUUACUAGCUCUACCAGAAGCAACACCGGGACAGGGGAGGGGGAAAGGGAACGCCACGCCGCCGCUUCGACCGGUGGCAAGGAGGAAUCAAUUGGCGACGCCGGUGGCGACGCUGACACACACAUCAGCCUAGCGUGACGUUGAAACUUGGACUUUCACUCUUGUCUUCGCGGGGGGACGGCCACUCGUCUUACUCUCGUUAAGUUGAUCGUUGUAAGAGAAAUGAGCGACGAGUGUUAUGUGUGUGGACGACCAACGCUGAGAUGUGUCGAGGCGUACGUGUAUAGAAAAAUGUGUUGCUGUUGUCGUUCCCGUUUGAAGAGAGAGUUGUCGGAACGAUAGUUCAGACAGACGUCUACAGAGAAGCAUCAUGAGCAUUAGCGGCGGGGGUAUGGUUUGGUUCUUCUUCAUGCAUUUUUGGUCUCCCUCCUGCUGUAACGCGCGGGCAGGAUACAGAUGCACCGCCCAAAACUCGCGGAGAAAAGGUUGGGCGAUAGGUAUUUGACUCGUGCUUGAACGUUCCCCUCGUGACAUGUACCUGGUAGUAGUUGUUACGCCAGUCUCACGAGCGCUGAAGUCGUUGGUGCGAGAAUAGUGUGUUGUUUUGGUGAUGUUGAAUAUUCGCUGUAUUCAUUAUGCAUACGAGGCGCUUAUAUUUUCUCAGCACGUAGAUAUUGCCCGUACGAGUGCUGCCGGCGAGAGCUCCGCACUCCAGCCACAUGACAUGAACAACAACAAUCGGACGAUUUUGGUCG